CAGAAGCCUUUUGAAAAUGAACAUAAACGUCGCUAUCAAAGUCCACUACAAAGAGGUUGGAUUCGUAUUCCCGAAUCAUGUGAAAAUUUAUCAUCAUCAUCAUCAACAACAUCAUCAUCAUCCUCAUCAUCAUCAUCAGCGUCAUCCACAUCUUCCAAAAAUCAGCAUGGCGAAAUAAUUGUCUGCGAUUUUUCAAAACGUGGCAAUUGGUCAUCAGUGAGAAUAUCACGUGCAAUAAUCUUCCGAAAAUUACCCGAAAUUGAUAUUUAUCCAAUGAUUAAACAAACAACAACAUCAUCUUCCAAUCGUCGUAUAACUUCCGAAAAAUAUUACGAUUGUUUCCAAUGUGCCGAGCAGUGUCGACAUCUCUCACUUAAAAACAAUUAUAAUUACACCAAUAAUAAAAAUUCCUAUAAUAAUAAUUCUAAUAAUACAAAUAAUACAAAUAAAAACACAAUUAAAAAUACCUAUACGAAAAACAAUAAAAAUUCCAAGAAUACAAAUAAAAAUUACAAUUCCUCUUUUAAUUCAAAGAAUUAUAAAAAUUAUAACAAUACCAAUAAUAAUAAUAAUACUAAUACCAAAAACUACAAUUCAAAUAAAUCCUAUAAGAAUAAAAAUUCAAAAAUCAAUAUAACGGACACAAAAAAGAUAAUAAAUGACAAAUGUUAUUUCACAAAAAAUGAAAAGAAGAAUGAAAAAAUAUGUCUUAAACAAAAAGUCCUUAAAACAAUAACUAAUCAACAGAUAUUGAAUUCGAAACAAUUUACAAAAACUGAAAUUACAAAUAAUAAAAAUUCAUCAUCCGACUAUCGAUCAUCGUCAAUGUUAAAUAAUCAUUUUUCAAAUUAUCAAACAAUUAAAAAAAGAUCAUCAUCAUUAGCAAGGCCAAUGAGAGUUUAUGAUUCUUUUACGCCACCAAAAUGGAUGAUGAUGAGCAAUGAUUCACAAAUUGAGGAAAAAAAGGAGGGAUUUAAAGAAACAACAGCAACAUUUCAUCAACAUUUGGAAAAUAAUAUUGAGCAUGAUUUCGAAGAUCUGGAGCCUAAUUCAAAUUGUGCCUUCAUCGAUGCUCAAGAUGAAGAUGCUAAUUGGCCUAUCAGAUUGAGACUCGAGGAAUUGCUUGAGCAAAGUAAAAAGAAAAAACGUAAGGGAAUUGUUACAAUACGAAAGAGUAAAAUAAUAAAGUCAGAACAAGGUAAAAAUAGUUUCAAAGAUACUGAGAGGCUGCUCAAGGUACUUAGCAAUCAUGUGGACCAAGAUAGUAGGUACAAUAUCAAAAGAUGCUGCGUCAUGUAGGAUGUUGCACAAGUGAGUUCCCUCGAAAAAAAACAAAAAUUGACGCAGUUCUGAUUUCUGCCCAAAAAUUUUGGCAACUUGUCAAGGUAAAAUGGCCCCCCAUCAUAUCAAAUUUUUAUUUAUUUUUUGUUUCUCAUUUCCAUCAAAUUAUUAAUUAAUCGAUCUUUUUACCAAUUCGUUAAAUAUUUAAUCAUGUUAUUUAAUAUAUAUAUUUAUAUUAAAAUUGCGAUCAGUUUCCUUUGGCAACAUUUCUAGAGAAAAAAAAAGCAAGGACUGAUCAAGUUCUGUGUGAGUUGGAAAUUAAUUGAUGAAUGAAAAAAAAAAAACAAUUUCAAAAAUUUCUCAAUGUAUAAAUUUUAGAUUAUUUUUUGUUAUUAGAUUCACUAAUAAUUGUUACAUUACUGAAUUUUUCAUCCUAAAAUUCUUCAAAAAUAAAGGAAAAUCAUUGUAAAAUGAAAAUUAUUAUUUAUUAUAGUAAUAUAAUAAACUAACAUCUAAUAAUGUCAAAUUAUUAAAUAAUCAAAAAAAUUUUAGGAUGGAAACUUCAGUAAAAAUCUCAAAUGCAAAAUUUGUUAGAAAAGUAAUUUCAUAAUUGUUAAAAACUAGACUGAAAAAAAAUUUAUUUGAUUCAAAUAAUCGGUUACUUGAUUUUUACCAAACAAUUAUUUGUGUC